UUAACGAGUGACGUUGAAAGUUUCAACUUGAAACAUUGAUCUCUAUAUAAAGAUCAGUAUGCAGGUACAUUGCAAUACUGUAUCAACUGCUCAGUGCAAUUUUCCAAAGCUAGAAAAAUACCCUAGAUUGUCAGUACACGUACUUACUGAUUACGUUUACACGGCUAUACAAAGAAAUUAGGUAUGGGCCGAAGUUUACUCUAUAUUGAACGAAAUGUAUUAUCAUAUGUUUCAAGGUAUGCAAGUGUACAUGCAAAACAAACGCCGGCUGAAUAUUGUUUUGAAUUAGUUAGAAAACAUGAUUAUGAAAAUUUUUUGUGUUCAUUAUUACUGCAACAAAAUGCUAGACAAUCUGCGUUUGCAAUUCGUGCAUUUAACAUAGAAGUGGCUCAAGUACAAGAUCAAGUACAUGAUCGUAAUAUAGGAAAAAUGAGACUACAAUUCUGGACGGAUGCAUUAAAUAAUGCAUACAAGGGAACUCCUCAAAGAAGUCCUGUCAUUUUGGAAUUACAUAGGAUUCUGCAGAAGCAUUCCCUUUCCAAACAUUAUUUCAAACGUCUAAUUGAUGUUCGUUUAGAAAGGCUCUGUGGCAGUCCAUUUUACGAUAUUAGCACGAUAGAAAAAUAUGCAGAGUACAGUACUUCUUCCAUUUAUUAUUUAUUAUUAGAAGCACACGGUAUAAAAAACAUUAAUGCAGAUCAUGCUGCGAGUCAUAUGGGCAAAGCGCAAGGAAUCAUUACCUUAAUUCGAUCGAUUCCUUAUAAUGCUAGAAAUAGAGUAAAUAUGUUGCCAGAAGAUAUUUUAAUGAAAUACGGUGUUUCUACGGAAGCCGUAUUUCAAGGUCAACCGAGUAAGGAUUUCCAAAACGUGAUAUACGACGUUGCGUCUUAUGGGAAACUGCAUUUAGAUGCGGCAAUUUCUCUAAAAAGUAAAGUGGAAAAAAAUGUGGGUUUGAUAUUUUUACCCAUAGUUUGUCUGGAAAGGUAUUUGAAAAAAUUGAGAAGAGUAGACUUUAAUAUUUUUGAUACGCGUUUACAAACAAGAGACAAUUUACUUCCUCUACAUUUGUAUUGGAAAAAAUUGAUUUCUUAG